AUGGCAGCAAAAGGCCUGUCUAACAGCCGCUGGGCUUCCGCCAGAUCGAGCUCUGUGCCAGCCACACGAACCAGCAGCUAUCCGCCGCCACCUAAAGACAGCCUACGUUCUGCCGUGGUUGACACUCCGAUCAAAUCUCCUCCGCCACCACUGAGCCCCCUCCCGGCCCUGAACUCGGGCAUCCAAGUUCCUGGCCCAAAGACGUCAUCUGUCAUUCCCCUAACGAUCAGCCAAAAGGAGGCCCCGCGAGCCGAGUCCGAGCUAUCGCGAUACUUGCGCAUAGUGCGGCGGAUGAAGUGGAAGCUGCCCUUCUUGGCACAGGGGUAUCGGCAGGCCACGGAUGCGACGAGCGCCGACUUUGCCGACGCGGACAUGAUGUUCAAGCUGGACUUUUUUGAAUACUACAUGUUGCUGGAGCGAGCGCUGGUGCAUCUUCAGGCGGUAUUCAACAUUGUCAUCACGGGCAAGCACAACGAGUCUUCGUCAUCAUCUUCUAAUGGAACCGGGCCGUACAAGCAUAGGUAUCACGCCAACGUCCUGGAGGCGCUGGACAGCACAGAAAACCCCCUCCACGGCGCGCUGGGAAAAGGCGAUGUGCGCCGAGCUCUCGGCAGAGCGAAGGAUCUGAGGAACAGGUGGAAGAACGCCGACGACGCUGACAGGGGUCAGGCGCCGAACCUACCGCUGGAGAGCUACGACUUGGAGAACAUCCUUACGACAAUCUACGGUGGCCUCGAUCAAGCCUGUAUCGUGGCGACAAACUACGUCAAUGAGCUCAAGGCCAUUGCCGCUGCUGCGGCGCGCGCCUCUGUCGCCGCGUAUCCCAAGUUCAGCUGGGCCGACGAGAUGGAAACGCCGACACCUGGUAUGGAGGACCGCCCUGCGCCUUUCGAGGAAUGGCCGCCCCAGGAGAAGAACAAAGCGGACGAGGAGGCGGAGUGGCAGUUCAUGUUCGAUGCUAUGGAUUGGCAGGCCAUAUGA